CGCUGUAACACGAAACCUCCCGCUCCGGCGGCGGUGGCGGCGGGCGGAAAGCACAGAUAAAAAUGGAAAAAACGUGGCUCUCCAGCCUGACAUUGCUGCCUAAGGCCACAGCAGCCGUGCAGACGGAAGCGUUUCUCCUAGAUGAAGGGACUGAGUGAGAUGCACAGCUGUUUCUUCCCUGUUCUAGGCUUGGCGCUGUCAUUGACCUCUUUGGUGCAUCCAUAGGCAAUUUCAUGCCCCUUCACUUUCCCAUCUAAAAUGGUUUCCUGCAUCCUACAGCUGCUCAGCAUGUCUUGGCUGCUCCAGCUCUGCACGCUCUGACCAUGAGCAGCAAUUCCUCCCUCAGCAAUGUGAAGGGCCUGAGGAACCUCACCACGCAGGAAGACGGGGCUGUCAGAGUCACUGAGUCCAUUGCUAUAAUCGUCAUUGCUAUUUUCAUCUGUUUGGGCAACCUGGUGAUUGUCGUCACCCUAUAUCGGAAGUCUUACCUUCUCACGUUGAGCAACAAGUUUGUAUUCAGCCUCACCCUCUCCAACUUUCUACUCUCUGUACUGGUGCUACCUUUUGUUGUCACCAGCUCCAUCAGGCGAGAAUGGAUCUUCGGAGUUGUUUGGUGCAACUUCUCAGCCCUGCUCUACAUGCUGAUCAGCUCAGCCAGCAUGCUUACUCUUGGACUCAUAGCUAUAGACCGGUACUAUGCUGUCCUGUACCCAAUGGUUUACCCGAUGAAGAUAACAGGCAACAGAGCAGUGGUAGCUCUCGUGUAUGUGUGGCUACAUUCCCUUAUUGGCUGCCUCCCUCCCCUUUUCGGCUGGUCAUCUUUGGAGUUUGACCAAUUCAAGUGGAUGUGUGUGGCGGCCUGGCAUAAAGAGGCUGGCUACACUGCCUUUUGGCAGAUCUGGUGUGCGUUGCUGCCUUUCGUGGUCAUGAUGAUCUGCUAUGGAUUCAUUUUCCGUGUGGCAAGGAUUAAGGCCCGCAAAAUCCACUGUGGUAGCGUUGUCAUUGUGGAGGAGGACUCCCAGAGGAACGGGAGGAAGAAUUCCAGCACCUCCACUUCCUCUUCUGGCAGCCGAAGGAACGCUUUUCAAGGGGUUGUCUACUCAGCCAACCAGUGCAAAGCUUUCAUAACCAUCUUGGUUGUCAUCGGCGCUUUUGUAAUUACGUGGGGGCCUUACAUGGUAGUAAUUACAUCAGAGGCACUUUGGGGAAAAAAUAGUAUUUCCCCUGCGUUGGAGACAUUAGCUACGUGGUUGUCCUUUUCCAGUGCCAUUUGCCAUCCACUAAUUUAUGGGCUGUGGAACAAGACAGUGCGCAAGGAACUACUAGGAAUGUGCUUUGGGGAUCGGUAUUAUCGCGAGUCCUUUGUUCAGCGGCAUAGGACAUCAAGGUUAUUCAGCAUUUCCAAUAGGAUCACAGAUUUGGGACUAUCUCCUCAUCUCACUGCCCUCAUGGCAGGUGGGCGGCCAUUAGGAAACAGCAGCAGCACAGGAGACACAGGUUUCAGCUGCUCACAGGAUUCAGGAACAGAUGCAAUGCUUCUUGAAGAUUAUAGCUCAGAUGGCCCUCAUGCCCCACAUUGCAUCUGUCCUCCUCGAAGGAGGAGUUCAGUGACGUUUGAAGAUGAAGUAGAGCAAAUUAAAGAAGCUGCAAAGAACUCUGUUCUUCAUGUAAAAGCCGAAGUCCAUAAAUCUCUGGACAGUUAUGCAUCCAGUUUAGCAAGAGCUAUUGAAGCUGAUGUGAAAAUCAGCUUGUUUGGGGAAGAUGCUUUACCAGGAGCUCUGUUCCCUGUGCGGACUCUGCCAGGAAGCAGUAUGAACACACGGCGUGGUAUCAGGCCCCAUGCUAGCCAAAGACUUAAGUUGCAGAGCAUCGAUGAAGGGAAUAUUUAACAGGACUAAGAAAACAGAAUGAAACCACUAAGCGGGACCUACUACAGCUGUUAGUGUUUCAACAGAACCAGGAU